GAUAUGGUGAAGCAAAAUGAUGGUGAGAUUUUGGGACCGUUGGAGAUUGAUGUAUCAGAAAUGGCUACUACUACAUACGGCUGUGACCCCGAAAAAUUGCAACGAGAAAGUGCUGAGUCGCUGCAUCAUAGGUGCCAUCCGUUUAGUUUUCAUAUGAAAAAAAAUUUCUAA